CGGUAUCGAUCAAACCUCUAGCUAGGCAGUAGAACAAAAUUCCGUGACGGCCAUCAAACCAACGACAUUCGGCAGUCGUCGAGCGUCUUUACACACAAUCGGUGCGCGGGAGAAAAAUCCGUCGGUGUCCGCGAGAUGAAAUUCCCAAACACUUUGGAUAUCAACACCUAUCGGGCAUACUUCUGUGCCCGGUAUUUGUCACGUGACGAGAAUCGCCGGGUCGAUAGCAUCAAUCUAGCGUGGGACGCCAGCAAUCCGGAACCGCUCAAGAUAUUAUGCCUGAAAACGAUUGCCAACAAUUGGCUGACGAUUCCGUUCUUCCGGGAGAUUCCACUCUGUGAGGAUAGAAAUUUUCUACUCGACCUCUUAGAUUUGAAUUUCCCACUGGAAAAUCUCUGCGCCCGGAUACGCAGCGAUGCAUUUUGGAAACGUGCCUUCCUAAAUCGUUGGCGCAAUUUUUAUCCUAUUGACAUCACCGGAAAACCUUGGAUACGGGUCUAUCUGGAGAAGCACAUCUCGGAAACGCUCGAGCGAAUGAAACCUGUCGAUUAUGACGCGGAAAGUGUACAAAAACUGGUCGAUCUCUGCUCGUUGCACGUCAAGGAACUAAAAAUAGAUCAACUGCAACCGUCCACCGGGGACAACAACGACCAUAUCCCGUUCGAUUUGGUCCUAUCAAAUUUGCGCGAACUGAGAAAGGUGGACAUCACCUAUGACGUAAAGAACGCAGGUCACGAUUUCUAUCUGGGGUGUGCGUCCAUGUCCGAUAAGGACGUCCGGCUGAUGACCCAGGGACUGGAACGGUGCUACGAGCUGACCGAGAUUAGGCUGCACAGUACCAAGCUGGAACCGGGUACCAUGAAGCAGCUGGCCGCGGCUCUGGAUGAGGGUUGCCCACAUUUGACUACGAUUGCCUUCCCGCACUGUCGCUGUGGGGACGUUGGAAUCAAAGCGUUUUUCGAUGCGCUCACGCCAGAAUCUCUGCCUAAUGUGAAAGAUAUUAUUCUGACUAACAAUUUUCUGU